UUCUUUUUUUGAACGACGGACACGUGAUUAGCCCGGAGAUUAUCGCAAUAUUUGAUUGGCAAAACGGAAAUAAUUGAUUCGUGGUAGGUGCUAUCAGAAUAUUCGUUGUAAACACGACAAUCAAGGAGAGGCGGUUAUCGGCGGAGGGUACAAAGUCCGAUCCUUUGUAAGCUAUGAGAUGACACCUCGGUACUGUACCUGGGUAUUAUGGUCACUUAAAUCCAAUUGUUGCACCGAUUUUUAAAGAGUCAUGGUGCAGUUAUGCUUCCACAUGUUACAUGUAUGCUUUGUCUUACUAAUUAGCACAUUCCAGAUGUGUAGAGGUGUGGAAACGAAGAACUGGAGUCGUGAACGGUAUCCGAACCCACUCCUCACUCCUUCGAACUGUUCGCGUAACGAUCCGUCCUACGUCUGUGAUCCGGAUAACGUACUGGGAGAUGGAGAAGCCGAUAAAUUGGACUUCAUUAUAACGAGGAUACGUAACGACACGACUUGCAUCUGUUCCGGGUGCGAGUUACGCCAUCCCGGAAUUACAAUAGCUGUGGCUCUGAUGAAAAGCAUGGAAAACGAUGAGAGCAAAUCGGGUGCGGAAAAUGCGAAGGAUUUUGCAGUUUAUUUGCUGGAAAAGUGGAAUUUCGGGCGAUGCGACGACGUCGUCGUCAUCCUUGUUUCGUCCGUCGAUCAUCAGUCAUACGUGGCUUCGGGAUCGACCGUGUUCUCUGUGCUGUCCAAAGAAUUGUCCGAUAAGAUCUUUGAAUCUAGCAGGGCUCACUUUGACAAUGGAUAUUUUUAUCAGGGAUUGGAAUCCAUCGUGGAAUCUUAUUAUGACGUCCUGAGACGAAAGCAGCAACAGCAGCAGCAUGUCGCGACAUACAAAGAAAAUAAAAGAACCUUUAACGACAGAGACAUUACCAUUGCCUUGGUGGUGUCCGUGGCCACGUUAGCGGCGCUGCUGGUAUUCUUGGCCAUACUGUUGUACAGGAUGAAGAAGAGACAACGGAAGACAACUUUGAGAAGUAACUUAACGAGAUGGCACAAUACCAAACAGAUGAAGUCAGACGAUUACAGAAUCUGCGACACCGACGACCGUUCGGACUGCAACAGCGAGGCGGAAUCCAUUGAAGAGAGGGACGAUGCCAAUCGAACAAUCGGAAUGUUCCCUCCUACCAAAAGGCAGUUGAGUGCAGUUAUGGAAGAAUCCGAAAAUGAAGAGGAGGAGGAGGAAGACGUGGAGAGCGAAGAGAGAUCGAGGACAUUGAGUUGUGAUCAGAAGAAUAAUGUUAACAAUAUACCCAGAAUACCUCGUUUUCAGCAUUGUGACAACCAGUUUUCUGCAGAAAAAGAUUUAUAAAAGUUUUUUUGGAUAAGAUAUAAUAAAUUUUAGAACCACA